AUGCCUUUCGGAGGAUUUGCGGGACUGAAAGAACGGAUACUGAAGCCAGGGAAGGAGGAGGUGAAGAAUUCUGUAGGAGACUCACUGGGGAACCUGCAGAAGAAGAUUGAUGGGAGUAACGUGGAUGAGGACCUGGUGGAGCUGACGGAAGACGGGCGGCCGGUGUCCAUGAACAAGCAUGCAGCCCCUCUGCUGGACUGCAGCUGCUGCGGCCUGCCCAAGCGCUACAUCAUCGCCAUGCUCAGCGGCCUUGGCUUCUGCAUCUCCUUCGGCAUCCGCUGCAACCUGGGCGUGGCCAUCGUGGAGAUGGUCAACAACAACACGGUCUACAUCAAUGGCACACCUGUCAUGCAGCCGGCACAGUUUAACUGGGACCCUGAGACGGUGGGCUUGAUCCAUGGAUCCUUUUUCUGGGGCUAUAUUGUCACUCAGAUCCCUGGAGGUUUUAUAUCCAACAAGCUCGCUGCUGACAGGGUGUUUGGGGCAGCCAUCUUCCUUACUUCUGUGCUCAACAUGUUCAUCCCGACCGCUGCAAGGGCACACUAUGGCUGCGUCCUGUUUGUCCGCAUCCUCCAGGGUUUAGUGGAGGGCGUCACGUACCCAGCAUGCCAUGGGAUGUGGGCUAAAUGGGCUCCCCCCUUGGAGAGAAGUCGUCUAGCCACCACCUCAUUCUGUGGGUCCUAUGCAGGAGCGGUGGUGGCCAUGCCCCUGGCGGGAGUGCUGGUGCAGUAUGUGGGGUGGCCCUCCGUCUUCUACAUAUAUGGUGUCUUUGGGAUCAUAUGGUACGUCUUCUGGCUGCUGCUAGCCUACACCAGCCCAGCAAAGCACCCCACCAUUAGUGAGGAGGAGAGGGUCUACAUAGAGACCAGCAUCGGAGAGGGCCAGAACAUGAUCAGUGCCACUGAGAAAUUCAACACUCCUUGGCGCAAGUUCUUCACCUCCAUGCCUGUGUAUGCCAUCAUCGUGGCCAACUUCUGCCGCAGCUGGACCUUCUACCUACUGCUCAUCAGCCAGCCCGCUUACUUCGAGGAGGUCUUCGGCUUACCCAUCAGCAAGGUGGGAUUUCUCUCCGCUGUACCCCACCUGGUGAUGACUAUUGUGGUGCCCAUAGGUGGCCAGCUGGCUGACUACCUCCGCACCCAUAAGAUCCUGUCCACGACAGCCGUCCGUAAGAUCAUGAAUUGUGGAGGGUUUGGGAUGGAGGCCACCCUCCUGCUGGUGGUGGGCUUCUCACACACUCGAGGGAUGGCCAUCUCCUUCCUGGUGUUGGCCGUGGGCUUCAGUGGCUUCGCUAUCUCAGGGUUUAAUGUGAAUCACUUGGACAUCGCCCCUCGCUAUGCCAGUAUCCUCAUGGGCAUCUCAAAUGGCGUGGGAACACUGUCAGGCAUGGUGUGUCCAAUCAUUGUGGGAGCACUGACCAAGAACAAGACCCGUUUAGAGUGGCAGAAUGUGUUUGUCAUCGCGUCCACGGUGCACUACACGGGGGUCGUCUUUUACGCCAUCUUUGCCUCGGGCGAGCAGCAGGAGUGGGCUGACCCAGAGAGCACCAGCGAGGACAAGCGCGGCAUCAUCGGCGAGGACGAGCUCGCCGACGACGAGAGCGAACCCAGCUGCGACAGCUCCUUGGCGGCCGCCGCCAGGCAGAAAUCCUACGGCGCCGUGACAGCGGAUCAGUCCGGACGCAAGCAAGGCUGGAAGAAGAAAAGAGGGGUGACCACACAGGAGGAUGAGGAAGACGAGGAAGGCCAGAACCAUUAUGAGAAUGGGAACUUUCAAGAAAACUACCAAUGACACUGACAGAGGAUAUUCCACUGAAUUAACAAUCACUUAUUCAUAGAUCCAUUCCACCAAGAUGAAUUAUUUACGAAAGGACAAUUUUGCUGCUUUAAUGAAUUGACUCGUUAUAUGUGUGGCUCCAAACACAAUCCUGAUUAAUUUUUGAGGCAUCCUGCAACACUGGGACUGUCCUUCCUGUAAAUUAGCACGCUGAUUCCUGCGACGGACAUGGAGCCUCCUGCAAACAAAGUUACGAAACUUUGUCUACAAUUAGUACAUUGCACAAAGCUUUGUAUU